AUGGUGUUUGGUUCGACUGUGAUCGGGAAACUCUUUUUUAUAUAUGAUGCUUCACAUCCUGAGGCGACUUUACCGGAGUUUCAAUUGCUACCUUCGCCGCCUCCUGAGUGGGAUGACGGAAAGCAGAAUUGUAAAGAGCUGGAUAUUGGAAAGCUGAAGUACAUUAUUAUAGAUGAAUCUACUGUGGGGAGGUUUAUCACUAAUGAAGAUGGACCCGGCUUUCAGCAUCUGUUUGAGGUGUUAAUGAAGAAAUUAAUGGAAGUCCAAAUUAUACGUACUCCGACAUUCCAAACACCAUCAUGGGGACCACCACUUCUGGCCAUACCAAUGCCAAUUGAGAGAAAUGAUAUGAUUGUUACUGGUACAGUUAUAAGGCUGACUGGAAAUGAUAUUUGGUCAGAUAAAUUAGAGGGGGCCAAUUGGUAA